UCAGCCCAUCACCAUCGUUCCGUUCAUCUUCGUUUCAUUAGUUCAUUCUCCAAACCGCGGUCCGCAGUGUUGGUCGUUUGCCACUUGUCACUGGGUACAACAAUAAUAACAUCAAAUAUUCGUUUUGUCAACUAAAUUAAAAAAUUGUACAAUACUACAAUGGAAUCAUUGAUUCAAAUAAUCAACAAACUGCAAGAUGUGUUCGCCGUCAUCGGCGAACAUAAAAUUGACUUGCCUCAAAUAGUUGUCGUCGGAUCACAGAGUUCAGGAAAGAGCUCUGUCCUGGAGAGUCUAGUUGGUAGAUCAUUUUUACCUCGAGGUACAGGUAUUGUGACUCGUGCUCCACUUAUUCUACAAAUGAUAAGAUAUAACAAAGAAGAUAAAGAGAAAAUGAUCAAGUCAACAAAAAAACAUGAUAUUAAAUGUUGGGCAACUUUUCUUCAUAAGCCUGAAACAAUUUAUGAUGAUUUUGACGAAGUAAGAUUUGAGAUUGAACAUUGGACCGAUAUUCUGGCUGGUACCAAUAAAGGUAUUACACAUGAACCCAUUGUCUUGAAAGUUUUUACACUUUCUUACGACCUUACAUUUGUUGAUCUACCGGGUAUAACUAAAGUCCCAGUUGGAGAUCAACCCGAAGAUAUUGAUGAACAAAUCCAAGAACUCAUCUUAAAAUAUGUACAACAAGAAAAUUCAAUUAUUUUAGCUGUCGUAACAGCAAAUACUGAUCCUUCUACUUCCGAAAGCUUAAAAAUAGCUAGGAAAAUGGAUCCUAACGGAGUGAGAACAAUCGCAGUAGUCACAAAGUUAGAUUUAAUCGACAAAGGUACAAUCCAAGAUACCACAGAACUACUCUGUGGUCAUAAAAUACCAGUUAAACUCGGCAUUAUUGGAGUUGUUAAUCGAAGUCAAAAAGACAUAAAUGACAACAAGUCUAUGAAAGAUACCAUAAAAAGUGAAAAAGACUUUUUGAGAAUAAAUUAUCCUGACAUAUAUAAAAAGCACGGUAAUAAGGUGUUGGCAAAAACCCUUCAAGAUGUACUUGUAAAACACAUAAAAAAAACAUACCCAGUACUACACAAAAGUUUACAAGAUACUAAAUCAAGACUUGAAGACGAAUUAAAAACCUUGCAAACACCAGACAGCAAGAUAACGUUUAUAUUAGGUUUAUUGAAAGAUAUAUGCAAAUCCUAUUGUGAUACUAUACUGGGAAACAGAAAGGAUAUUUCUGAUAAAAUAGUUAUGGGUGGUGCGCGAAUAUCUCAAAUAAUAAAUGACGAAUAUCUAGACAAAAUUAACCAAAUUGAUCCACUACAUAACUUGGCUGAUGAAAAUAUAGCCAAAAUAUUAUUAAAUGCUGCCGGUACUACAAAGAGCUCCUUCGUGAAUGAAAAAGCUUUGGAAAAUAUGAUUUAUAGACAGGUAAAAAAUCUAAUUGAGCCAUCCAUGUCUAGCGUGGAUUUUGUUCGAGUAGAAAUGCUAAAGAUUUUUGAUUCAAUCGAUGAUACACUAUUGGAAAAAUUGAAAAGAUUUCCACGGAUAAAUUCUGAUGUAAGAAAUGUCCUCAAUAAAAUCUUAGAUGAAAAAUUAACUGAUUUGAAAGAAUUUAUCAAGUCUUACAUUGAAACCUACCAAACAUGUUUAAAUACGACCAACCCAAAUUUUUUAUUUCAAUUAGUUCGAUCAUCAACUGAAAUGCGAGAUGAAAAUAUUGCAACAUAUAUAAGCAAUACCAACAAAAACAUAGCAAACCAAAAAUUUGUAAUAUCAGAAGAUGAACGAGAAGAAAAUGAAAACCAAAUACAACAGUUUAAGCUAAUGUUAUCCGGAUUAAAUGAUUUAGACAACAGUAUUGAAACGUCUAAACAAGUAAAGAUACAUAAAUGUUUAACACAAUGUUACUUUGAUUUUAUCAGAGAAAUAGUUAGGGAUUUUGUACCAAAGCGAAUACAUCACAAAAUGGUCAAAUUAGUUUUAGACAAGUUUGAACAUGAAUUAGACGAAAAUGUUUUUACUCCGUAUGUAAUAAAUCGAUCGUUUGAUGAAGUAAUGGUUGAGGAGGAAGGUGCAGUCGAUGAACGCAAAAGAGUUGAAGAGAUGUUAAAUGCAGUGAACAUAGCUCUAAAAAACAUGGUAGAUAUACAGUGUUUCUAAAUAAUAAAUUAGUAUCAAAAAUAAUCAUGUUUUAAUUAAAUUAAAUUAAUUUUAACAAAAUAUUCAAAAGUAAAAUUAUAAAACUAAUUGCUCAAUAUUCAAUAGCUUAACUUUGAAUAUUAUAGAAUAAAUGAAAAAUAUUGUACUGGUGUAUCAUUUUUUAUUUUAUUUUACUUAUACUUUGUACUUGCUUUAUAAUAUAAUAUCUUUUUUUUUUUUUAAAUACAUUUUUUUAUUAAAUAUAAGUUAUAUUGUUCUAUUAGUAAAAGAAGCUAAUUUGUAGUAUCUAAAGUCUUU